AUAGUAGUAAAAGUCUUUACAACAAUUUUUAACAAAUAGAUAUGAGACUUUUCGUUAAGUUUCUAUUCACACACACCAAACACCUCAAAAAUAUAGUUUUUAUUUUAAUAAUAUUUGCGCAUAUCGUAUCGACGAUUAUAUAUAUAUAUAUAUAAAGAGUUAUUAUGAAACUUGAGAAGAAAAAUAAAAAGAGACUUGCAGAAAUGGUGUACUAUAAUGAAGAAGAAGCAUGGAAAUGUCCAAAACACCCUUUGAAGAAACGGCGAACUACUACCGGAGUUUGUUCAAUUUGUCUCCGGGAUCGACUUUCCGAACUUUGCCCUAUCUGUGCUAAAGUGCGCCCUUGCUCUUCUAGCUGCGCCGCAUCUACGACGUCGUUGUCUUCAUCCUCCGGCGAGGAACCAGUCUUCUGUAGAUCAAAAUCUGUAGGAAUUCCGUUUUUAAAAUCGCGAAAUGUUAAUUCUAGCAGCCGGAAGAACCAGUCGGAGACUGAGAAAUGUAGCAAAGUCGGAGACGGCAGAGAGAUGGAGUUGUGUAGAUCGAAAUCCGUCGGGAUUCCGUUUCUAAAAUCGCGAAAUGUUGAUUCCAGAAAGACGACGGAGAGUGAGAAGAGUAACGAAACCGGCGACAAUAACGACAGCAGCGAGACAGCGUUAUGUAGAUCAAAAUCCAUCGGAAUUCCCUUUCUAAAAUCACGAAAUGUUGAUUCCGGUGACCGGAGAAGGAAGACAGAGAGUGAGAAGAGUAACAAAACGGCACCGUUCUGGUGGAUUUUUAAGUUAAGGAAGAGAGGUAAAGAGAACGAAUCGGAAUCGAAAGCAUACUACUGCAAUGAUACGAGGAUUAAGGAAUUCGCGAUAACGACGGUGAUGAGAUCGAGAUCGGUGAAUGUGGCGAUGACGUCAGUAUCCGGCGGCAAUGAUGUAAAUUGUUCGACGGAGAAGUUGAAAGGAUGGUAUUUGGGAAGUCCGAUGAAGGUUUUCCGGCAAUCGUCUAAAGCUCCGAAAUUGGUUAAUUUAAAAGGAUAAUUGUAUAGAAUCACAAACUAAUAAUAUAAAAUAAAUAUAGUAGCUAUCGUUUGAUUUAUUUGUGUUACGUAGCAAAUUGUUUGUCA